AUGACGCGCGGUGACGGCGCGCGCGACGGCGCGUCGACGCCGCGCGCCAUCGGGCGCCUGCCGAGCGACGUCGUCAAUCGCGUCGCCGCGGGAGAGGUGAUCCAUCGACCGUCGAACGCGCUGAAAGAGCUGGUGGAGAACUCGUUGGACGCGGGCGCGAAGUCGAUCGCGGUGACGACGAGGGAGGGCGGGAAUAAACUGUUGCGAGUGCAAGACGACGGACACGGAGUGCGAAUAGAGGACUUGCCGCUGCUGUGCGAGCGACACGCGACGAGUAAGAUUGAAAAGUUUGAGGAUUUAGCGCGAUGCGAGAGCUUUGGGUUUCGAGGAGAGGCGCUGGCGAGCAUGAGCUACGUGGCGCACGUGUCGGCGACGACGAUGGCGGCGGGGGCGACGCACGCGACUCGAGCGACGUAUACGGAUGGGAAGAUGGAUGCGGAGGGGGCGAAACCGAUCGCGGGGGUGUUAGGAACUACGAUUAGCGUGGAGAACUUGUUUUAUAACGUCGUGACUCGAAGGAAGGCGUUGAAGAGCGCGUCAGAGGAGUACUCGAAAGUGCUCGAGGUGUUGCAGAGGUACGCGGCGUUGCGAACGGAUGUGGCGUUCACGUGUCGGAAGCACGGUGAGUCGCGAGCGACGUUGCACACUCCCGUGGCGCAAUCGCGCGUCGAGCGGUUGCAGGCGAUUUACGGUCCCACGGUGGCGAGAGAUUUGAAGAAGCUCGACUUCGACAGCGAGCUGUCCAAGAAAAAGUUUGAUUUCAAGCUGCAAGUGGACGGUUUAGUGAGCGGUGGGAAUUAUCAUUCAAAGAAGACGACGUUCAUUUUGUUCAUCAAUUCGCGUUUAGUGGAGUGCGCGCCGCUCAAGCGCGCGUGUGAGUCGGUGUACGCGGCGAUACUCCCCAAGGCUGAGAAGCCGUUUGUAUUCAUGCACCUCCGCCUGCCGUUUGAAGACGUCGACGUCAACGUGCAUCCCACGAAACAGGAGGUGCACUUUCUGCACCAAGAAGCCAUUGUGGAGUUGAUUCAGUCCAAACUAGAGAAGAUUCUUCUCGCGACGAAUUCGUCGCGAACAUUCACCGUGCAAACACUGCUUCCUGGCGCGGAGAAACUGGCAAAGAAGGAUGACGAAAACGACGCCGAGCGAAGCGGCGACAAGGAAAAUAGCGAAAAAGCGGACGAACCGCCGGCGUCGCAGGCGAAGACGAUGCGGACACAGCGCGAACGCGCGGGUGGUGAUCACAAGCUCGUUCGCACGGAUGCGAAUUUAGCAGCGGGGAGUUUGGACGCGUACUUGCAGCGAGCGAUGAAUUCCGAGGGACGCGAACACGAGAAAAUAGAAGAGGUUCGACGCGCGGUGAGAGAGCGUCGAGGACAGCGCACGGAACCCGAAGACACGUACGUGUGCGAGUUGACGUCUAUUCGCCAGCUUAACACCGAAAUCGCCAAUCGCGCGCACAAGGAGCUCGGCGACGUGAUUAAAAAUCACACACUCGUCGGCGCCGUGGACGCGCGCAAAGGCGUGUGGUUACUUCAGCACCAAACCAAGCUCUUCAUGGUGGACGCCGUAAAGCUCACCGAGGAAAUGUUCCAUCAAAUGGCUUUGAAGAACUUCGCCAACUUUGGGUACCAAUCGCUGCAAGAUCCCGCGUCUUUGGCCGAACUCGCGCUGUGCGCGCUGGAGGAUAAAUUCGUCGACGACGAAGAGUGGGACGCGAGCGAUGGCUCCAAGGAGGAAGUCGCAGAGAAAAUCGCAGAGAUGCUCGUCGAAAAGGCGGACAUGCUCAAGGAGUAUCUCGGCGUCGUCAUCGACAAGGAACGGCGUCAGAUCACCGGAGUGCCGUCGAUGCUUCCCGGGUACGCGCCGGAAAUCGGCAAACUUCCCGAGUUCGUCCUCGCCCUCGCCGAAGACGUCGAUUGGACGAGUGAAAAAGAGUGCUUCGAAACCUGCGCUCGAGUCAUCGGCGCAUUUUUCGCCAUGGACUGCUCUUUCCACGAUCCGAAAGCCGAAGAAGGCGACGCCGAGUCCGACGCUCGUCGCGUCGCUCGCCUCUGCGUCUUUCCCGCGAUGAAGCGCCGUCUCGCCCCGCCUCGUCGUUUCGCCGACGACGGCACCGUCAUUCAGAUCGCGUGCCUCGAGCAGUUGUACAAAAUUUUCGAGCGCUGUUAG